AUGGUGGUGCCAGGAACGAAACGGUAUUUGUCACGUAUCGCAGUACAACCUCGUGUCUACAGCAGGUUCUUGGAUGCACCAGCUGGAACUGAAUCCAUUGGGUAUGGGGUCAAUGAGUCAGCGCAGCACGUCGACUACUUUGAUCGAAUCGGGCUCUUCAGCAAAAGCUUCACUCAAAGCAUAUGGCUAUCUUUCGGUGCUAUGCGUUGGCUUUUGCUGGUCUUGAUUGGCCUUGGAGCCGGGCUGGUCGCUGUGGCUGUUGAGCUCUCAUUGCACUAUUUGCUGGAGGUGGUUGCAGGCUUGCCUUGUGGCAAGGAAGGGCCGAUGAUUCAUAGCGGUGCCAUCGUUGGUGCAAUGGUCACGUGUUUCAACUUAGAGCGGCGCUUGCGUCCCCUGAACCUUGAUGUGGAGACCCGAGACUUUGUCGCGGCUGGAGCUGCGGCUGGUGUCAGUGCGGCCUUUGGUGCACCGAUUGGGGCGGUUCUCUUUGCGGUGGAAGAAGGCGCAUCCCAUAUGUCCCCAAGGAUCCUGACACAACUCUUCGUCUCAAGUUCGGUGGCCACAUUGGUUACACGCCUCACUCUGGGCCCUAUCAUCAGUGGCCACCCUUGGAGCUUGUUGGGGACUGGGGUGCCGGUCAGCUUUGGUCGCUUCACUGAGGUCUCGUAUAACUUUCUGGAGAUGUUUAUUUUCGCUCUCAUUGGUAUUGUUUGUGGCUUGCUGGGUGCGGCCUUCAACCACUUCAAUGGCCGUUUGAGCAGGUUUGGUCUUGGUGUCCCUGCUGGGCUCUUCGUUCCAUCCUUGCUGACUGGUGCAGUGCUGGGCCGCUUCGUAGGCGAAGUGCUUCAGGCCGAAUUGCCGCAGGCCACUGGUACCGGCAUCUUCGGCCUGCCAAUCUUUAUGGUCGUGGUCAUUGCUACCUGGGUAGGCGACUAUUUCAAUCGCGGCAUUUACGACCUGCACAUCAUUGAUUUGAAACAGAUCCCACUCCUUGAGCAAUCACCUGCAGACGUUAUGGUCCGGUAUGCCGUGAAGGACAUUAUGGCGAGUCAGGUGGUGUCCCUGCAGGGCGUGGAGAAGGUACAGCGAAUUGUGGACGUUUUGCGCUCUUGCAACCACAAUGGCUUCCCUGUCCUGGAGAAUGGCACAAUGAAAAUGGAGGGAUUGAUUGAGCGCGGCUUUCUGCAUUUGCUCUUGGCUAGAGGUCGCUAUUAUGGGAUGUUCCAGGACACUCCAGAUGCUCCGAUUGGAUCGCUGGUCCCAUUUGAGGCGAUAGCUUGGCCAAACAUCCAUUCCUACCCGGAUAUCAAGAGUCUUUCAAAGAAGCUGAGUACAGAAGACCGGCAGAAGUAUAUGGACUUGCGACCGUAUGUGAGCUGCAAUGGCUACAGCAUUCCGCCUCAGGCUUCAAUGGCCAGCGCUUUUUUGCUUUUUCGACGCUUGGGCCUUCGACAUUUGCCUGUGGUGGAUAGUGAUGGCGACCUUUGUGGAAUCAUCACACGCAAGGACUUGAUCCUCAUGGAGGAGGAUGAGCAUGGUGAAAUGGUGCAGAGGUCGCAGCCAAAGCUGUCAGCUGACACUGGGUGGGCCUUCCGGAAGUCUGAAAACCUUGAAGAGUCAGACUUUGGCCUCGAGAGCGGAAUGAACAGCGCUUUAGACUCCCUAGACAGUGAAGAAACCGAGUGGUCGCAGGAGCUGAGCGUGCCUGCCGUGGAGAUCGUGGGUCCAAAUGGGGCUCCGCAGAGUUCAGACUCGGAUGCCACUGAAAAAGACUUCGAGGUGCAAAGUCAUGGUGGCAUGGGCGGGAUGGGUGCUUGA